UACUUGAUACGACGUAUUUGUCGCUUAGAAAUUUGUUUUCCUUAAUUUUAAAGUCCCAUUACUCUUCUUUUUUAUACUAAUUAAUUUCAUAGAUAAUAUAUAUAACUCGGACGUGUGUUAAGUUGAACAAUUACAUGCUUAAUAGUACAUUUAAACGUAUACAUUUUGUUUCAUAUCGGACAUUCAGGGAUUUCCAGAUGUGAUAACCAAUUUUUUGGAUGUGGUUCAUUAAACAUAUUUUUCUUUUCAAUAAUAUAUUUUAAUUUGAAUUGAACCUGUGAUAUUCAUCAUGUAUUGGAAAAAUAAUCCUGCAUCUAACUGGGACUCAAUUUUUGAUAGAGAGAAUUUGUGCCUUGAUGAUCUCAUGAGAGAACAAAAUCUCUUAGAAGAACUUAAGGGUCAGAACAAAAAACUAAUAGACUUUUUAACAAAACCUGAUGUUGCAUUGGCAUUGGUCCGUCUUGUUACACAAGAACCUCAAGAAAAUGAAAAACCAGAAAUGCGCUUUGUUUUGCCAAAUCUAGCUUGUGAAAUAUUAACUAGCGAUAUUCAACCUAUGUAUAAUGUUCUUUCACACGAAGAAGACAUUUGGAAAUGUUUUUUUAGUUUUCUAGAAGACAAUGAACCUCCACUUAAUUCUUUAAUGGCAUCAUAUUUUAGUCGAACUCUAUGUAGUCUCAUAUUGAAAACAGGAACUCAAGAUUGGUACACAUAUCAAUUUAACUGUCUUAAAGCACUUGAGAAAGUAACAUACAAAGGAAAUUUUAUUGAUUUGUUGCUUAAACAUCUUGAUACAUCUGCUAUAAUGGAUCUCAUUAUUAAAAUAUCAACUCUUUUAGAAGGACCUCCUUUACGAAGUAAUAUAUUCACACUAUUUGAAAAAGAACAACUAAUUUUAAAAUUGGUUAACACACUAGAUUCAAAAAAUGUUUCUAUUAGACAAUUGAAUGCAGCUGAAAUAAUCUGUGCUAUUGAAGUUGCAUCAGAAUUACAUCCUCUUGAACAAAACCCACUUGUUAUUUCAAUUGAAUCACCAGAGACUGUAAACAUGGUAUUAGUAAAAAUAUUUGGCCAAACUGAGAAGACUGAAAGUACAUUAUUGGGCGGUAUUUCAAUUUUGCAAACUUUAUUGAUGGCUACUAAGUUAAAAAGUGGGGAUUCUAAUGAGGUGUAUAAUAAAAAACAGUCGAUGGCUGAAAUUUUGUGUAUUACAAUCUUACCAUUUUUAGAACAUAUUCAUAAUGUGUUGUUAACUCCUCCUAAGAUUGAAAGUUUGGAAUCUAUGGGUAAUGUAAUUGAAAAUCCUUUUGGUAAUGUACGUUUGCAAAUCGUCAAAUUGAUAAGUUCAUUACUUAGCAUGCACAAUCAACAAAUAAAUGAACGAUUUGCUCAACUUAAUACAAUAAAAGUUCUUCUUGAUUGCUUUUUUUGUUAUGAACUAAAUAAUUUUUUACAUACUCAAGUAGUUCAAUGCUUCCAUGAAAUUAUGUGUUGUAAUCAUUCAAUUGCAGAGAACAGCACAUUUAUAGCUCAUGUUAUUAAAGAUUGUAAAUUAAUUGAAAGUAUUCUUGAUAAUGAAGCAUGUAUUAAGCCUGGAAAAAGUAGAAAAGGGUUUGUUGGUCAUUUAGCAACAAUUGCUAAAAGUUUACAUAAUACUGAAGCAUUUUAUUCGGAUCAUUUUCGAGGAAUUAUUGUAAACACAUUAGACAGUGAUAUUGUAAAUCGCUGGGAUUCUUUUACAUCUACUACUUUAGAAGAUAAUGAGGAAAGAAUUUCUUCUUGUUUGGGUGGAGUGCAUCCUCGAGAUGAAAAUGCUGCAAUGGAUAGCAGAAAAGAAAUGGAAGAAGAAGCAAUUUUUGGACAUUCUGAAAUUGAAUUCAAUAGCAAUGACAAUGAGCUUGGUAUAUCAAGAGGGAAUAUAAAUUUUGAUGAUGAUGAUGAAGAUGAUGAUGACAAGGACUCAAUGGAAAUGCAGGCAGAAAUGUUUAAUCGUAUGUGUUCAGUGAGAUCAUCAGAAAUGAAUAUUGACUCUUCGGAAUGCAAAGAUACAAAUAAUCAAUCUGGAGCUUUAGGUUUAUACAAUAAUCAAAUGUGGGAAGAUCCUGAUUUAGGUGCAUCAAAAAGAGAUUAUGGUGUUAAUAUUUUUAAUAACUCUUAUGAUAAAUCAAGCAAUUUAACAUCAAAGGAUUGUAAUUUGUAUUGGUCUCCAGAAACUUCUGAUUGGGAAACCUUUAGGUCUCAAUUAAAUGCAAAAGCAUCUAGUGAAAUGAAAAUUGAUAAUAAUUCUGUCAAUGCAUCUAGUGCUUUUCCUUUAAAUCCCUGGGGAGACAAUAUUAUAGAACCUACACCAAAGCUUGAAACCGGUUGGGCCAAUUUUGAUUCAAGUUUUGGUGAAUCAAUGAUAACCAAUGGAGAUCCAAUUAUUGAACAUGAAUUAUUUUCUGAUGUGGUAGAACAAAGUACAGAAGAUAUUCCUCCUGUAUUUGAAUCUCCAGAUAUUACAUUUUCUUUGAUAGACAAUUUGCCACAUUCUAAUUUAAAAGAUCAAGAGAAGGCUGAUAAAACAAAUGAUGAUUUAUUAAAUACAUCUAUUCCAGAACAGUUUUCAGAAGAUGCUCCAUCGGCAGAUAAUUCUUCUGAAUCAAAUGUUAAGGAUUUGAUAAUACCAGUUACAUCUAAUUCUUCAGAUAUGCCUUUAGUUGAAAAUUCGCAUAAUGGGAAUUCUUUAGAUAGGUAAUGAUUAGUUUAAAAUUUCAAACCCUCUCCAUGGCAUUAUCAUUUUAAGAAUAAUUUUAUCUUCAAAAUAAAAUUAAACAAAAAUGUUAUAAACAAUGUUUUCUUAUUAAAUUAUACAUGAAUUUUACUAUAAUCAAUAGUCAACUUAUAUGUUUUUAAAUUGUCCGUCCGUUUUUAUAUGCAACUUCCAUGUUUAUGAUACAUCAUUCUGAUAAAUAAAGCAUUUUUAUUAAAUAAAAUGUAUACUUACACAAAUAUAAUAUAU